AUGAAAUAUCCAUUGUUUGGAUAAUGGUAGAUUAUAACAGGACCAGUCUUCAACCUGUCACCUUCUUACUGCUUGGCAUUCCAGGAUUGGAGGCUGCUCACAUAUGGAUCUCUAUCCCUUUCUUCCUGGUCUACCUACUGUCACUGGUGGGAAAUGUUGCCCUUUUAUUAAUUGUCAAAACAGACCACAAACUGCAUGAACCUAUGUACUUCUUUCUAUGCAUGCUUUCAGUGGCUGAUCUGAUGCUCACUUCUUCUACACUUCCCAAGAUACUCAGUCUUUUCUGGUUCAAUGACAGAGAGAUCUACUUUGAAGCCUGCCUCACUCAAAUGUAUCUUAUACAUUCUCUCUCAACUAUGGAAUCUGGAUUUAUCUUGGCUAUGGCUUUUGACCGCUAUGUAGCCAUUUGCCACCCACUAAGACAUUCCAUCAUCUUAACACCUGAAGUGAUCAUAGACUUGGGUGUGCUCAUUGUCUUCAGAGGAGCUAUACUCCUAAGUCCACACCCCUUCCUAUUGAGGUGGCUUUCCUACUGCAAAACUAAUGUCAUUUCACACACUUAUUGUGAGUUUAUGGCCCUGAUUAAACUGGUUUGCACUGAGACAAAGAUUCGUAGAACAUACAGCCUAAUUGUGGCAUUCCUGACAGGGGGAUUGGAUUUCAUAUUGAUCAUCUGUUCCUAUGUGCUUAUUCUUUUCACCGUCUUCCAUCUUCCAUCCAAAGCUGCCCGCCUCAAGACCUUAAGUACCUGUGUCUCCCAUGUAUGGGUCAUCUUGGUGUUUUAUACACCAGCCUUUUUCUCUUUUCUCACUCAUAGGUUUGGUCACCACAUUGUUCCACAUAUUCACAUUUUUAUAGCCAACAUAUACCUUCUUAUUCCUCCUAUGAUGAAUCCUAUUAUUUAUGGUGUUAAAACCAAAAGAAUCAGGGAGGGGUUCUUUAAAUUGUUAACAACCCAAUGUGCUCAGCUUUGCAAGGUUUGUAGCUCCCCAGAUUGUCAACAUGGAUGAGAGUUUCAUAAACAGGAAAUGUUAAAAAUGAAUCAACAUUAUCUUGAAGUGGAAAUGUUUUCAUCUAAAUUUUGGAGAGUAAUGUUGGGUAAGUGUAUUGACUUCAGUGAGCAGCAGUAAAUAUAGAGGAUAUAGAGAAAGUAGAAAAA